AGAUGGAUACUGCAGACCUAGCUGGGCUGUAGGUGGCGGCAAAGCGCCGCAGACAUGCUACUGAAGUGUAAACCAAAAAGGUUGUGUUAGCUUCACUGUAAUGACGUUAGCCUCCAGGAUCAUUUUCCGCCCUUAGUGAGUCUGGAUACUGGCGACAGACAUCAAUGAACCUCUACGAUCUCUGAAGCGGAUCCGCCGUGACCUCCGUGAAGUCAGCUUACUGUGCCCUCAGUAAUCUUGAGGGUAUGGUGUUAUGCCUCUAACCGUUAUGCGUAAUGUCAAACCGUGAAGGAGCUAGUUAGCUAGCGUGACCAUGUAAUGCUAGCGUCACAUAAACGCCGAGCUAACGUCAUUGUUUUCAGUCAGUGUCCGGGACACAGAGCAGGAGUUCAGGAAACGUUGGAUUCUAAAAGAAGAUAACAUGAAACUGUGUGGAAUUGUACUUUCACUCUAAGCUGAUGCAAGAUGAGCCUACCUGACUUAGCUCGUUGUCAGGCUAAGGUCAAGAAGCUGAGCAGUCUGACAGCUAACGUUAACGCUAACUGAUAUGGUAACGUUACCCAAGAGCCUAUAAACGUGUUAUGUGGCAUCAAGCUGUACUCCUACCAGCAGCACUGGCUAACGUGGGCUGGUGUCGUUUUCCAGAUUAAGAGGAAGUGGUGACCUUGUCUAAUUGGCAUCCUGCUUCUCCCAUCCUCCCCCCAACUCUGCCCCCCCCACCUCCUGUCCCAACUGGGUCGCAGUGUUGCCGGCGGUGGAUUUGAGCACUCUGAUUGGAGCCUUUUUGAGGUGGUUUUCGGUCUGGCGCUGCCUCCCCCUGGGGCCGGCGUGCGCUCCCAGCAGCCCGUGGUGCCCUGUGCUCCCCCCUCCCCGUCACUGCACACCAGAGCCCAUGUCCAGGGAGGAGGUGUGGUGCGUCCGCCAGGAGCCAUGUGCCUCCCUCACACCAACAACAUGGACAGCAAGCUACAGGGUGCGGGGCCAGGGGGAGGGGCUUUACUUCGACAACACGGAGGAGGCGUUCCACUGGAGCCCUUCAUACACCAGGUGGGGGGUCACACCAGCAUGAUGCGUUACGAUGACCACACGGUGUGUAAGCCGCUGAUCACCAGAGAGCAGCGCUUCUACGAGUCUUUGCCUCCAGAGAUGAAGGAGUUCACUCCAGAGUAUAAAGGUGUGGUGCUGGUUUGUUUCGAGGGCGAUUCUGACGGCUACAUCAACCUGGUGGCCUACCCCUACGUGGAAAGCAACAUGGAGGGAGGGGCUCCUGAGCACGAGGAGCGUGAACCUCCCGAGAGGGAGCAACCGAGGAGGAAGCACUCCCGCCGCAGCCUCCAUCGCUCUUCCUCCUCUUCUGAAUAUAAGGAGGAGCGGCCUGACAGGAGGGAGGCUCAUGAAACCGACACCUCUGAUAAUCUCGCAGAGCUAAAAAGUCCCAGGCUCGACCCAAAGAUCCACUCAGAUGUUCCCUUCCAGAUGUUGGACUGGAACAGCGGUUUGACAUCAGAAAGGAUCAGCCACAACCCCUGGAGCCUCCGCUGCCACAAACAGCAGCUCAGCCGCAUGAGGGAGAAGAAAAGCAUCUACAGUGGCUGCAGAUCAAGGCUGGUUUGCUCCUUAAUAUCAGCGCUUGAACCAGAGUUUCUCUUGCUUGAGAACGUGGUUCACCAUUUCUCAUACCCCUGCAUCCUGGACCUGAAGAUGGGCACCAGGCAGCACGGAGACGACGCCUCUGAGGAGAAGGCGGCCAGGCAAAUGAAGAAAUGUGAGCAGAGCACUUCAGCAACGCUGGGAGUCCGAGUGUGUGGCAUGCAGGUGUACCAGCCGAGCACCGGCCACUACCUCUGCAGGAACAAGUACUAUGGCCGCGGCUUGUCAAUCGAAGGCUUCCGCCAGGCACUCUACCAGUACAUGCACAAUGGAAAGGGCCUGAGGCGGGACCUCUUUGAGCCAAUCCUGAAUAAACUUCACACCCUGAAGGCGGUACUAGAGAGGCAGGCGUCCUAUCGCUUCUACUCAUCUUCACUGCUCAUCAUCUAUGAGGGAAAGGAACACGAGGGCUCUUCAGUCCUCAGCUCGGGGCAGCACGCAGCCUGGCAGCAGAUGACUUCUGUGACCCAUGCAGAGCCCCAGUGUGGCCCCGGGCCCCACGUUUCCUCUGCUGUCGACAUUCCCUGUGAAACGGACAUGAGCAAAAACCCAGACUGGGGGUCGCUGUCCGCUCAGGGACCUGGACUGAUGGCUCUGCCCUACCCCUCCCCUCAUCCGCCCCCACAGACCCCAACCAUUAAAUCAGACUGCCACUCGCUCCUCCCCCAUCCCCCUUCACCUUGCCCCAAUCCAGACUCCUCCCCAGCCCCAGCUCCCAAUUCAGCUUCCUUCCCCCCUGCUCCUGUACCCACGCGCCAGCAGCCCCCCCUGGUGGAUGUUCGUAUGAUCGACUUUGCCCACUCCACCUUCAAGGGUUUCCGCGGUGACACGGCAGUGUAUGACGGGCCGGACCAAGGCUACGUGUUUGGACUGGAGAGCCUGGUCCAGAUCCUGGAGAGCCUGCGGGACGACAAACUGCCAUAGCACCCAACACACACACAAUAAAAACGUAUACAGCAUGUUCUAAGUUAGUUCAGGUCUACGGUCAGGACAGACUUGGCUGUCACCAUGGCAACAUGGACUUUCUACAGUCGAGUAGGUACUAUAGCAGCAGCCAGGAGGUCAGACAGUAGCACUAAAAUGGAGAAGCUCAGUGUGCGUAAGGCUCUGCACAUCACCCACGGGUGGCACUUUUAUGAUUGUGAGGAUCCUUGUUGACAUAGUGCAUCCCCUCACCUUAACUGUAACAAGCCCACCUCCAAACUGAAAUCCAGCUGUGCCAUUCCCCUCUGCUCAGAAAUACAUUCAGGAUUAACGCUACAAGGGGACUUGGGAAUAAAAUAUUCACUGUGCUUCUAUGUAAUCUAACUCAUCUCUCUGGACAGCAUUUUAUCCUUCACAACUUGCAGAGAUGUGGUUUGUUACAGACAUGGACAUUCUGCGGGACUAGCCAAAAAAGGUACCAGGACCUCCAGUACCUGUAGCUGGAUCUUAAGAGUCUUGCUCUGCACCAGUUGUUUUUAGAUUGUGACUUACUGUAACUCAGUAUGUUGCACCACACAAACUAGUUCUUACAUAGCAAUGAGCUGUUAAAAAAUACAAACACUCAGUAAAUGUCAGGUGUAACUGUUGAAUAGCAGAAAUAUCUUCACUCCUCUCAAAUUGGUCCUCACAAAGGUCGACGGACAAGAGCGCGCACCUGUGAACAGCUGUGUGUGGUGCCGUUUGUUGGCACCACAGGACUGAGCACGCUCCUGAGUGACCACUCAGCUGACUCCUCGCUCCCUGAUACCCCACCACCACCACGACCUCUACUCCUCUUUACUCUUAUGACUCUGCAGAAACCAAACCCGGACAGGUGAACAGACCCUUUCAGCGCUACCUUGAAAACACACUUGGAAACACAUCCAAGCAUCCGUUAAAGCAAUAGAUGGCGAUGAUAGACAGCAACUUUUUCAUCAGCAGUGCAGAGGGCAGCAUCGCCCACAGGGAGAAUGGUGAUAAAGUGCAACAGAAAUCUGCAUCUUAGAAGUAGGCUUUAAGGAGAGAAUAUAAAUAAUUUUAAAAUGCUGUUUGUCUGUUUCGGGGGCUUAAUUCAGAAACUAGUCAGUGUUCUGUAAAAUCAUCCUCUAGGUUAUUGUGUAAUACCAGAAGUAUAAGUGUCAGCUUCCCAACUUUGAUCUGGUGAUGUCCUGUAUUUUUCAUCUUCUCAACAAAUCCCAUAAAAGACAAAAA